CUCAUAAAAAGCAGGGUGGAGGAAGGAUGAAGCUAGUUUGAAGAGGACAGGAGCCUUAAAGAUGAAGUGGCUUGCAUUCGCCUUUGCAUUGUGCCUCUUUGUGGUUGAUGUCUACUCUGCCUCCGAUACGAUUGACUGGUGUUAUCAUGACACAAGUUGCGAUGACAGAACAUGGCCGGUAAUUGCUGCAAAUUUUUGCAACCGCAGCAGACAGUCGCCCAUAAACAUCGCGACUGCUGAUACCAUAGAAGAUGAAAACCUGACCGGGUUUACUUUCACAAACUUCGGCAACACCUCCGCCCUGGCGGAUAUAACCAACACUGGCAAGACAGUCAAAGUGAACAUUAAAAACGGGGUGCAGAUUUCAGGGGGGGGUCUCCCCGAGCCCUACGACAGCCUGCAGUUCCACUUGCACUGGGGCAACCGCUCAACUAAAGGUGGCUCUGAGCACACCGUCAAUGGGAAACGCUACCCAAUGGAGCUGCACAUCGUCAAUGUCAAGUCCCGUUUUAAUCUGAACACAAGUCUCGCCCUCGAAGACUCGACGGGACUUGCUGCUCUUGGCUUUUUCAUUGAGGCAGAUAGUAGCAUCACUACUAGUGAAUCCUGGCGCAACCUCAUCCCCUACCUGGGUCAAAUCCCACUUGCUGGUGACCAUGUCAACAUUACCCUCCAAAUCUCACUGAAUGGUCUACUGGAAGGCGUGGACUUCACAAGAUAUUAUCGUUACUUCGGCUCGCUGACCACGCCCACCUGCAACGAAGCUGUCGUCUGGACCGUCUUUAAGGAUCCCAUCAGAAUCAGCCCUGAGCUGAUUGACCGCUUUAGCACACAGCUGCGCAUCGACAAUACAACUGAUUCGCCGCUCAUGGUAAACGUCUUCAGGAGCAUCCAGCCAGAUCUGCCAGUCACCACCCAGCGUGUGAGGGAAGAGACGGACGACUCAGUGAAAUCGUGCGCCUCUCUGGCUCUGUUGGCUCUCAGCCUGGUAUUGAGCAUCAUUUAGAACGGUCCCCAGUUAUGCUUUUGCAGAUCCUUCGCCGCCCUUUAAUUAUCUUUUUUUUGUGUAUGUGUAUGUAACCUAAUCUAAUCUAAAUAAUAGUCAAAUAAUUUUACUGAAUACACUGUCUCAUUCAGACUGACGUACACUACCGUUCAAAAGUUUGGGGUCACAUUGAAAUGUCCUUAUUUUUGAAGGAAAAGCACUGUACUUUUCAAUGAAGAUAACUUUAAACUAGUCUUAACUUUAAAGAAAUACACUCUAUACAUUGCUAAUGUGGUAAAUGACUAUUCUAGCUGCAAAUGUCUGGUUUUUGGUGCAAUAUCUACAUAGGUGUAUAGAGGCCCAUUUCCAGCAACUAUCACUCCAGUGUUCUAAUGGUACAAUGUGUUUGCCCAUUGGCUCAGAAGGCUAAUUGAUGAUUACAAAACCCUUGUGCAAUCAUGUUCACACAUCUGAAAACAGUUUAGCUCGUUACAGAAGCUACAAAACUGACCUUCCUUUGAGCAGAUUGAGUUUCUGGAGCAUCACAUUUGUGGGGUCAAUUAAACGCUCAAAAUGGCCAGAAAAAGAGAACUUUCAUCUGAAACUCGACAGUCUAUUCUUGUUCUUAGAAAUGAAGGCUCAAACACAAAAUUGUUUGGGUGACCCCAAACUUUUGAACGGUAGUGUACUUAAAGGACGUCAAACUGAGACCAACACCAUGCAAAUGUUGCUUCUUAAAGUUGUCAAAUAUUGACAACAGCUCUUAAUUUUUGUAAUUUUUACUCUAAGUUGACUAAUCACGUUGAUUAUGAAAGUUAGCCUCCACCAUGGCACACCCGGUUACUUCCGUUAUUUUUAUGGACAGAAUUUGUUGGUGCAACCCAGGUGUUGAGAGUGUCCUGUUUGUUGAUUAUGAACGGUUGCCUACGCCAAGGCACACCCGGUUCUUUUUUUAUUAUUUUUAUGGAGUGUAGUGUAGCCAAGAUGUCCGGUGUCCAGUUUGUGGGUGUUAGGAGUUCAUCCCGGCUAAAUGUGGGGAUGUGGUCCUAAAUGCCUCAUCAAGCUUCACCUGGAUCAAAUGGCAUUGUUGGUAUUUGACCUAAUAUAACCUGCUCAUUGGCCUUGUGGUUAGAGUGUCCGCCCUGUGAUCGGUAGGUUGUGAGUUCAAACCCCGGCCGUGUCAUACCAAAGACUAUAAAAAUGGGACCCAUUACCUCCCUGUGUAUUGAGUAGUACUCAGCAUCAAGGGUUGGAAUUGGGGGUUAAGUCACCAAAAUGAUUGCCGGGCGCGGCCGCCGGUGCUGCUCACUUCUCCCCUCACCUCCCAGGUGGUAAACAAGGGGAUGGGUCUAAUGCAGAGGUUAAUUUCACCACUCCUAGAGUGUGUGAGAGACAAUCAUUUGUACUUUAAUUUUUAAAUUUUAUUUAACUGCAGACAUAACUGUGACUUUUUUCUUGUAUAUGUAUAUGUAUGUAUGUAUGUAUGUAUGUAUGUAUGUAUGUAUGUAUGUAUGUGUGUGAACUUAAAAUUCAUAUAUAAAGGGAAAAAAAAACAACUUUGAUGAAGGCGUUCCAAAUGAGCAACAUGAAUGAAAUUAAGACUGUUUGACUCUGUCUAUACAUAUUAUCAAUAAAAUCUGCUCACCUUCUGUGUGAUUGCCCCAAAACCA